AUGGUGACUGGGAGGGAAUUCCGUGAAAGCCUGCGUCAGAAAGGGCGCAAAAAGCGCGUAGUGCCAGGCUUCACGGUGCAGUCCUUGCAAAGCGGAGUUGUCGUCCAAGGGCCGCCUCGCGUUAGUGCAGUUCGUCCGCGCCAACCACCAAAGGAGUCAAUCUUCAGAAAGGCUUACCUUCGAGGGGACUUGCCAAUAUCCUUGGCUUUCGAUACCUAUGGCACCAAGCUCACCUGGAAGGUGGAAGUGGAGAAACUGGACUACCAUCACUACUUGCCAAUAUUUUUUGAUGGGUUAAGUGAGACUGAAUAUCCUUAUAAGUUCUUCGCACAGCAAGGGAUAAAAGACAUGAUGCAACAUGGUGGUCCAAAAAUUGUACCAGUUAUACCACAGCUUAUUAUACCCAUCAAAAAUGCUUUAAAUACGAGAAAGCAUGAUGUAGUCUGCACAACACUGAAGGUGAUGCAGCAGUUGGUUAUGAGUGCUGAUAUGGUGGGAGAAGCCCUUGUUCCAUAUUACAGGCAAAUACUACCUGUAUUUAAUCUGUUCAAAAAUAAAAAUGUGAACUGUGGCGAUGACAUUGACUAUACUCAAAUGAAGCAUGAGAAUCUUGGCGAUCUUAUUCAAGAAACACUUGAAAUUCUGGAAAGACAUGGUGGAGAUGAUGCGUACAUUAAUAUAAAAUACAUGGUGCCUACCUAUGAAUCCUGUGUUAUGAAUUAG